UGGCACUCCGUGCGCAUGCGCUCUGGCCGCCGGGAAGGCGGGAGGCUGGCGCGCGGGGAAGAGCCUGCGACCGGAAGUGAAGGCAGUUUCCCUCGUUCGUCCCUGUCGGUGCCGCCAUACACGCUCGCAGUGCUUAGCUCUUCUGUCAGAAACCGGUGUCUUUUCACUCACUGUUCCUCAGUCCUCUCUCUUUCCCCUGUUCUGGGAGCACUCAUCCGAGCCACCCGCCCUUCUCCCCUGCCGGCCUAGUUAUGGCGGAGAACGAUGUUGACAAUGAACUCUUGGACUAUGAAGAUGAUGAGGUGGAGACGGCAGCCGGGGGAGACGGGGCCGAAGCCCCUGCCAAGAAGGAUGUCAAGGGCUCCUACGUCUCCAUCCACAGCUCUGGCUUUCGUGACUUCCUGCUCAAGCCGGAGUUGCUUCGAGCCAUUGUCGACUGUGGCUUUGAGCAUCCAUCCGAAGUCCAGCACGAAUGCAUCCCUCAGGCCAUUCUGGGGAUGGAUGUCCUGUGCCAGGCCAAGUCAGGCAUGGGAAAGACGGCAGUGUUUGUCUUGGCCACACUGCAGCAGCUGGAGCCGGUUACUGGACAGGUGUCUGUCCUGGUGAUGUGUCACACUAGGGAGUUGGCUUUUCAGAUCAGCAAGGAAUAUGAACGCUUCUCAAAAUACAUGCCGAAUGUUAAGGUGGCGGUGUUUUUUGGUGGUCUGUCUAUCAAGAAGGAUGAAGAGGUGCUGAAGAAGAACUGCCCGCACAUCGUCGUUGGGACUCCUGGCCGCAUCCUAGCCCUAGCUCGGAAUAAGAGCCUCAACCUCAAACACAUUAAACACUUUAUCUUGGAUGAAUGUGACAAGAUGCUUGAACAGCUCGACAUGCGUCGGGAUGUCCAGGAAAUUUUUCGCAUGACCCCCCACGAGAAGCAGGUCAUGAUGUUCAGUGCUACCUUGAGCAAAGAGAUCCGGCCAGUCUGCCGCAAGUUCAUGCAAGAUCCGAUGGAGAUCUUCGUGGAUGAUGAGACGAAGUUGACGCUGCACGGGUUGCAGCAGUACUACGUGAAACUGAAGGACAACGAGAAGAACCGGAAGCUCUUUGACCUUCUAGAUGUCCUUGAGUUCAACCAGGUGGUGAUCUUUGUGAAGUCCGUGCAGCGCUGCAUCGCCCUGGCCCAGCUCCUCGUGGAACAGAACUUCCCAGCCAUUGCCAUCCACCGUGGGAUGCCCCAGGAGGAGAGGCUCUCUCGGUAUCAGCAGUUCAAAGAUUUCCAGCGGCGAAUUCUUGUAGCUACCAACCUGUUUGGCCGUGGCAUGGAUAUCGAGCGAGUGAACAUUGCCUUCAAUUAUGACAUGCCGGAGGACUCCGACACCUACCUGCACCGGGUGGCCAGAGCAGGCCGGUUUGGCACCAAGGGCUUGGCCAUCACGUUUGUGUCAGACGAGAACGACGCCAAGAUUCUCAAUGAUGUGCAAGACCGAUUUGAGGUCAACAUCAGUGAGCUGCCCGACGAGAUUGACAUCUCCUCCUACAUUGAACAGACGCGGUAGAGGAAUCACCCAUUCCGGAAUGGCAGUCUGUGACUUAGGACAGCAGGGGUGGGGUGAGGAGAUGCUGCUGCCUCUGCCCCUGCAGCCCCACUGCCCCGCUUCCUCCUGUGUCCCCACCACUGUGUCCCCACCACUCCCGAACCUGCUCCUGACAUACCAGAACUUUUUUUAACAAAACUAAGAAUGAAACACAAAUGCGUC